GUGGGUUGUGAUUGGCGUAAGAGAUCACGUGGACCCGCGCCGUCAUUGUUGAAAAAAGAUGAACGCAAACUAGAUGUUUGUUGUUUCCAACUGAUUGUCAAGUCACGUACGCCGAAAAGUUGUGUUUAGUACGAUACGUACUCAGAAGUUCUUGUGAAUUGUUAACAGAAGUAAAAUACAACGAUUUGAGUGCUGAUAUCGUUUAGUUUCUUUGUGUUCUAAAGGAAUUUAAACAUGUCAUCUACAAAAUCAAGCGUAGAUGAUCUUGGAGAAUCAUGGGUUGAUGUUAGUGUUGGAUCAAUAUGUGGAUCCCAAGGAAGUGCUACCCCAGGAUCUAUUACCCAUACUAUAUCUGUAGAAGACUAUUUAAAACUACUCAGAGAAGCUCAAGAAUCUAACCAAUCAUCUGCUCGAGUUUCCUUGGCAGGAUCAAGACGAGAUACCCCGAGAAGCAGCCCAAAAUCUCCACCAAAUAGCCCAGUACAAGGCCCUGUUAUGAACCUUGAAUGGCAAAACUAUUAUAUCAACUCCGAAGGUAAAGAGGAUUUGUCUGACUGGAGUAGUCGUCCUGCCUCCCUGCCUCCAAAGAAUUGGACCUUCCGUCCCCACAACAGAGAUCUCAGUAUUCGAUAUGCACGCUUUGGCAAAAAUAGUAUUUUUUCGCGUAAAGGUCUUUGCACUUUAUUUCUGACUAACCUCGUAUCCCUUCUACUUGGAACAGGAGUUGGUUUAUGGUUGAGUAAGCACGGAUUUUUUGUUUCAGCCAUUAAAUUUCGUUAAACAAAAAUAUAAUGGUCAGUGUUCCAAGUUAUGUUUAAUUUUUUAUAUGGCUUUUUUUUGUUUUCUGUUUAAAGUGACCUAACAUACAGAUGAUUUUGUCUUUGUCAUGCGAAUUUGAAAGUAUAACGUACACUAUAAUUAUAUAUAUAUAUAUAUAUAUAUAUAUAUAUAUAUAUAUAUAUAUAUAUAUAUAUAUAUAUAUAUUGAAUAUAGUUAAGACGGGAUAUGAAACAAAAAAAAGUGUGACAAUUCUGUUGUACCAAAUUUUAGUAUGUAUCUAAAUUAAAUGUUAGAUCACAUGAAGAUUCAUUGAGUAUUGCAUCCUAUUUUUUUUCAUUAACUCACUUUGUUAUUAAUAAAAGAUGUUUAAAGUAUAAUUUUUUUAUAUUCCACUUCGUUUUAUUCCUUAUAGAUAAAUCCGCCAUAAAAUAUUAUUUAUAUAGAACGAAUUAAAAACUAUGAAUUCUUUGUUUCUUUAUUGUAUAUAAAAAUUAUUGUUUGUACAGAAUUUUGACAUAUCUAUUUCGUCCCACCUGGUUUAUCAUUUGUAAAUUAGAUGAUGUGUAAUACUGGUAGCCACUGAUUUUUUGGAAAAAACAUAUUAAAAUAAACUGUUAUACUCAAAACAAUUAUUCUGAAACAUUUAAUAUCCUCUACGGGUCAAAAGUUUUUGCCCACUCUCUUUCGUUUUCGUGAUACACAACAUAUAGAAACAAUACGAUCGAUUCUGAUAUUCAUAUUUUGAGGAACAUAUAUAAAUAAUAAUAUAGUAAUAGUGAAACUACAGGCUGUAAUUUUCAUAUUUAAAUUUUUUAUUCAUUGAUGUAACCAGGGUUGUCAGACGUCCAGGAUUUCAAGGGACAGUUCCUUAUUUCCCUAACUAAACCUAAGUGAAACGGGACGCUGUUUGUCGAGUGACAAAAUUUAAAAAAUUAAAUGAAAAGUUAUAUAAAAUGUAAACAUUGUAUUAUCCCGCAACAAAGAACAUUAAUAUUGGCGCCACCACCCCACAAAGCUAUAUCAUCCAUUACAUCAAUCGUUAUGUACAAUGAUUCAUGAAGAAAAAAGGAAAAGUUGUAGCACUGAAGAUAUACCAAAGAAAAGGUAGUGCGUAUUCGGGGAGAAGUGGAUUAAAGAAGAAGAGUGGCUCAAAACAUGUACAGGUAAUGUUCAUAAGACAUCAAGCAAAUAUUGCAAUAAAGAUUUUAUAUUGCUCAUGGAGGCAGUAGUGAUGUUACUCAAUAUUACAAAGUGGAGAACACAAAGAAAAUAAAGUUACUGUUGCUUCCAUUUCCUGAAAGUGACAGGCUGGUUUUGGCAGAGUUAACCUCUGUAUUUCAUACACUUAACAUAAUUUAUCUCAUAUGUCAAUGGAUUGUAGUCACAAGUUUUUACCUAAACUAUAUGAUGACUCAAAAUUGGUCACAAAUGAAGAACUAAAACAGAAUGUACUAUGCCCAAUGUAUACAAAAUCUGUAUUGAUAUUAGGGAAAGUUUCUUUUCUAUUAUAAAAGACUCAUCGAACAAAGAAAAUAGGAAGCUCCAUCCAUUGUGCGUGCAAUUUUCACUAAAGAAAAAAAGCAUUGUUGGUUCAAAAAGCAUAGCGUCUCAUAUGGCUAACUUGGAUUAAACUACAAGCAUAAACACCGAAGGAAUAAUUCACAGAAGAAUAAAAAACAAAUCAGCCGGUAUUAAGGACACUAUUAUUUUUGGUUCAUGAGAUACUUUCAAACAAUAAUAUGAAAGAAAAAUUAAUGUAUUAUUUUGAAAUUAAAUGAAUGGAUUAUGGGGUUAACAAAAACUUUUGACCGUUAAUGUAUAUUAAUAUUUAAGUUUAAAUUUUUUUUUUCAAUUUCCUUUCAAAAUCUUCCUCCUUCGAUCUCCCAAUUUUCAUUAUUUACUAAGCAUAAAAUUACUUUCAAACUCUUGUAUCAGUUGGUGUAUCAUUUAUUUUGUUUUUCAGUUUCCUUCUUAUGUUAACCAUAGUGUCCUGCAGUACAACUAAUGCCUAAAACCUCACCAACCUCCAAUUGCUAAUAGUAUAGGAUUAACUGUGCUUUUGAAAAUGAUUUAAAUUGCCCUCUAGAAACACAAUGAUUCACCUACAUAUCUGAAAUUCAAUGUUAUAUUUGCCUUACUUUCCACCAGUAAUCACAUCUGAAGUUGAAUUAAUUACAUCAAAAAUCACAAAGCUGUUAAUUAGAAACGGGUACUUGCAUUUUUUGAAAUGUAUUCAUUUUUUUGUUUAUUUUACAAGUUCUGAUAUGAAAUAAUGUCAAAAAGUAUAAUACUUAAUUAAAAGUGCAAAAAUAAUUUGUCUGUCUGUCAGUUGUCUGCUUGAUGAUCAAGAAAUUAUUGUUGCUGCAACGCAGCGUGUGCUGUUAUAAUACAGUUUUUAUUUAUUAGCUACGAACAAAUAUGCAAUUUUUUAGAUUGACCCAAGUUUAAUAAUAACGAUUAUUUUAGAAUAACAGAUGUAUUUACUUUGUGUCAUUUGCCUAUUUCAUACCUAUAAUGUCACGCAUUAUGGCGGCCUUACUGAAAACAAAAUUUUUGACUUUACAACUAUUUUUUUCUCUAUAAAUAUUCAUCGAAGAAUUGAAAAAAAUUAUUAUAAAUGUUGUAUAUAAACUAUCCAAAACUUUUUUUCUCUCAGUCCAUGCAAGUACCCUUUUAUAAACAGGAAAAAAAAUUCUAUGAAUACAACGUCGAAUAUUUAGUGGAAUAUACAAAUUUUUUUGUAUACUUCUAAUAAAACGAUAUAUCCAUAUUGAUAAUGUUAUAAUUUUAACUAUAGUCAAAAUAUUUUCUCCUAAUAACCAUAAAUCCUUCUACCUCUCCCCUGAAUUCUAUUCAUUUCACAAUUUUUUGCAGCUAUUUAAUAUCAACAUCAUUAAAAUGUAAAUUGGGGAAGUUCUGUGAUGAAAACAUCUCAAUAUCAUUUUUGUUAUAAUUUUUUUAAUUUCUUGAGGAGGAGGAGGAACCUUGAAAACAUUUUUGCCUCCUUAUUGUGUAAGUACUUCUGUUUGAAUUUGUUAAAUUCAUUUAAGAAGUCAAUAUAACACGCACUAAAGAUAUACAUUAUCAAAAGUUAUGUCACAAGAUCAUAUUUUGUUUUUUAAAAACAAAUUUAGUAGUAUAAUCAGGACAAAAGAAUAUGUAAUAUCAAAUUUGAUUUGGAACAUGUACAUUUAACUCUAAAAUCAAAAAUUUUUGUUUCUUACAAAUUUCCAAAUUUUAAUUUUCUAAUAGCUUGUGAACGCUGCCUUGUAAUGAGACUGUUGUACUUUUGAAAUGUAGUGGGUACUGAAUUGCCACAUGGAAUGGCUUAUUUUGUAUGUGGGUACUGAAUUGCCACAUGGAAUGGCUUAUUUUGUAUGUUUAUUAGAAAAAUUUGAAAUUUCGUAUUUAUAUCUGUUGUUACUUUUAUUGAAAAUGAUUAAUUUAUCCUAAUGUUAGAUAUAGUUAUGCUCUGACAUUUUGGUCAACGUUUAUGUUUUGAAUAAUUGAACCAUUUUUGUUCAUUAAAUUGAGGGAAGUAUUUUGAUCAAAUAAAUAACUUACCAGUUUUAAAUAAAAUACAAUCUGAGAAUAUGGAAUCAUUUGCUUGCAUUGUUAACUAAAGGGUAUGAAAGUGAUGUCAGUAAAGAACUAUGUCAUUCGGUAACACAUUAACCAAGUUGGAGAUGUUUUAGAAAAUGUAAAAACUGGUCUAUAUUUCUAUUGUACUAUAUAUAAUGCUUUCCAAUUGAUGAAUGUACAGAUAUGAUAAACAAUAAUGGUUAAAUUAAAAAUAUGUAUGUCAGUGUACUGUCUGUGGCUGGAGGUAUAAAAUUAAUAAUCUUUUUUAAAAUAUUGCUUUCUACCAAUUUUUGUUGUAUCUAUUCUCUAGUGAAAACUGGAAAAAAAUUUUUUCAAUUAAUAAAAAUUUAUUUCUAGAUCUAGGAUUACUAUUUAAGAUUGUCGUGUUUUGAAGUAAUCUUGAAUAAAUUUUCUAAAGAA